AUGGCCUGCUGCCAAGCCGCGCUAGUCCCUUUUCGGAUGUGCCGUGACCUGCACUUCGAUCCGCGCAAGGCCUCCUCGACCAUCUGCUGCGUUGUCGACCUCAUUCUUCUCCCAACUCCCCCUCCGUCCAGAAUGUCGCUUCUCCGAGUUGGCGGCGUCGCUCGCCUUCGCGCCGCCCGGUUGGCUGCCCCCCUCAAUGCCCGCUUUGUUUCCAACCCCGCCGACCAGGUCAAGACCAGCCCGGCCGAUGCUCCCACCGACACCCACAAGGGCAGCUCCUUGAUCAACAAGCAGAGCCCUGCUCAGUCUCUGGCUCGUCACCAGCCCGAUUAUGAGGCUACUAUCGACCACGGCACCUCAUCAUUCUCCCCGGUCCCCAAGCGUGUGAUGGAUGGCAGUGAGCCCGGCACUACUCUUCCCGCCGCUGUUUUGUCUGGUGCUCCCACUGACCUUCAGGCCCGCACGGUCCGCAUCUACCGCCCCGCGAAGCCCGCCUCUCAGUCCGGCACCUGGCACUCUCACCACUGGCGUAUGGACUGGGACAUCCUGCAGAAGGGCCACCGUUGGGAGAACCCGCUGAUGGGAUGGCAGUCGUCCGCCGACGGCAUGCAGGGCACCAACAUUAAGUUCAAGUCCAAGGAGGAUGCCAUUGCUUUCGCCCAGAAGCAGGGCUACGAGUACUUCGUUCAGGAGCCAAAUGAGCGCCGCUUUGUGCCUAAGGCUUACGCGAACAACUUCCUUCACGAGCACAGGAAGCUCAAGCACAUCAAAACCAAAUGA